UGCAAAGGAAGGGCGGAUCCCCCACUUGCUGUUUUACGGUCCUCCCGGUACAGGCAAAACGUCCACCAUCAUCGCAUUGGCACGCGAGCUGUACGGGAAAAACUACAGAAACAUGGUGCUUGAGCUAAAUGCGUCGGACGACCGAGGAAUCGACGUGGUGCGCGACCAGAUCAAGAAUUUCGCCAGCACGAGACAGAUUUUCAACAGCGGGUUCAAGCUGAUCAUUCUGGACGAGGCCGACGCGAUGUCGAACGCGGCGCAAAAUGCUCUGCGGCGGGUUAUUGAGAAGUACACCAAGAACACGCGGUUCUGCAUUCUGGCGAAUUACUCGCACAAACUUAACCCUGCUCUCCUUUCGCGGUGCACGCGCUUCAGGUUCUCGCCGCUGGCCGACUCGGCGCUUCAGGACCGUGUGGACCACGUCAUCAAGGUGGAGGGCCUGAAAAUAGCUCCCGACGCGCGCCAGAGCCUUCUGGAGCUGAGCGAAGGCGACAUGAGACGGGCUCUCAACGUUUUGCAGGCGUGUGCUACCGCGGUCGAAUCCGGCGAAGAGAUCACCCAGGACAUGGUGUACGAGUGUGUGGGUGCUCCGAGACCGCAAUCUGUGAUGACGGUGCUGGACGCGAUCAUGUCGAACGACUGGACGGACGCCUAUGCCACGAUGACCAAAAUCCGCAAGACAGAGGGGCUUGCUUUGGUGGACCUAAUGAGCAGCUUUGUGAGCGUGUUGGACAAGUACGAGCUCAAACCAAGGACGCGGAUGGCCGUUUUGCAGGGCUUGGGUGACAUUGAGUACAGCAUAAGCAAGGGUGGCAGCGAUAAGAUUCAGUGCACAGCCGUGAUUGGUGUGAUAAAAAAUGCGCUGGAAAAUGAGAAUUAGUGGAAAAAAAAAAGAUAAGAAAUAGCCUACAUGAAGGAACGAAUCGUUGUGAUUGGAGCGGGCGUUAUUGGGCUGACGACGGCGUUGGAGCUUUCCCGGCGCGGGUAUUUGGUUUCCAUAGUGGCCAGGGAGCUGCCUGGAGACGAGGCCAGGUUCUACACGAGUCCGUACGCGGGGGCGUUCUUCUACCACCUGGACUCGCUGGCCAGCAAAGGCUGGCUGGCGCAAUUGCAGGACAUCGCGUCGUACUACGAGUUUCUGCGUGUUGCCCAGGAGCCCGGCUCGGGGGUCGCUGAAAGCGUGGCGGAGGUUUACGUGCCGCGGAUGUCGAUGACCGAGACCGGCUACGACGGGCCGUGGUUCAAGGACGUGGUGAGAAACUACGAGGAGAUUGAUCCCAGAGAGUAUCCGGCGGGCGCGGCCGGCGACGACAUUGUUUUUGCGUUCCGAUACACGGGAUUUACCAUCAAUCCGGUGCAGUAUCUGCAUUAUCUGCUGUAUCGUUGUGCUCAGAGCGGUGUGAAUUACGUCAGACGUACUGUGGGCAGUCUGGAGGAGGCCAAGACGCUGUUUCUCGACGGGGACGAUUUUGUCGAGGCGGAUUUAGUGGUCAAUUGCGCAGGGAUCCGCGGCUUCGACCUCAACACCAAGGAUAAGGAUAACCGGCUUCCUGUUAAGGGCCAGACGCUGCUGGUGGAGAACGUGGCGCGCAAGCUGAUAAUUGUCGAGGCAAUGGAUGCGGCGCAUGCUUCAGAGUCGCUCUAUGUUGUUCCGCGGGCCGGCUACGGGACGCUGUUGACAGGGACGUAUCUGUACCACGAUGAUUCGGUGGAUAUCGAUGCGGGAUUGACCCGGCGAAUCAAGGAGAGAGCACUGAGAUAUGCGCCGGAGCUUGUGGACCCGGCGUUUAUGAAAAACCCUCCUCAGUUGGUUGAGGUGCGCCAGUUUGUUGGGAUCCGGCCCGGCAGAGAGGGCGGCGUCAACGUUUCGCGAGACGGCUGGCGGAUCCACAACUACGGCUCGGCGCACUCCGGCUACCAGAACUCCUACGGGCUGGCCAAUCGGGUUGCCCGUCUGGUGCAGGAGCACGCGCUGAAAAGCAGGUUGUAAGGAAGAUAGAUGAUACUUAAGUCUGAGUAGCGAGUUACAUGAAUGGAACAACGCUUGACGUGUUUCGUCCCCGGCCGCGUCGAUCGACC